AUGACAAUACCAUGCCACCACCAUCAUAUUUUUAUACAAAGAUUACCUCCAAAUUGCCAAUUUAAAUUAUCAGAUCUUGAUCUACUGAAGUUAAACCAUAUUCGGCAAGAUAUUGUCAAAAGACAACGAAAUAGAUUAUUACAACAAUUAGGUUUAUCAGUGGAUCACUCAACAACAACAACAAGAAAAACGAUUUUCAAAACAAAAGGACAACAUCAACCGAUUAUAAAAACAGCUGAUUACAAAAAAAAAGUUGACGUCGAUUAUUUGUAUAUUUUAUUACCAUAUUUAAAAAAAUUUAAUUCAUUUUGUGCUUUAUGUAUAUCGCAAAGAUAUUUUGGAAAACAAUUAUUGAGGCCAACUAGUUAUUUAUUAAAGUGUUGCAUCCAUUGUCGUGGUCGUCCAAAAGGUGGUUUUCGUUGUUCUGUAUUUGUUUUUAACAGUGGCCAAGUUUAUGUUCAAACCUUAAACAAUAAAGUACUACACCAACCACAAAACUGA